ACAAACUAUAUAUCAUGAAAAAAUACAGAUGAAUGUGUUACAGGGAAAUGACAAAAUAUUUAUUGCAAAUAAAUUGCUGGUGAAUGCAUAGAUUUAAAGUGAUUGUGACCUUUGUCUGUUUUUGAAAAAUGAGUUCGUUGUAUUCCUAGUUUUUGCCUACUCGUUGCGCCGUUACUAGUUAGACUGUUGUAAUUUCAGGAUUCGGAUUCUUUUGAAUGAUGCGAUAUAUGAACUUUACAUAAUCAUAAAUGCGCAUACGCGUUGCUCUUGGUAACGAAACGUAUUCGACAUAUUAGGCCAACAUGAGCAGAGUAAACAAAAAGCCGAUGAAUAAUAAAUAUUAAAUAUGAUUUCCCGUUCGACAAAAUACUUAAUAUAGAUUUAUCGUUUAUUCAAAAAUAGUUAUAUGUUAUACAUUUGUCACCAUUAGAUUUAUAUAAACAUUUAAAACAACACUUUAAUUCUUGAAUUUUUCUCCAGGAUUUAAUUUUUUAUUCACAAAUAUAAUAAUAAAAUAUGGCAACAGAAAAGGAUUUGAUCAAUGCUGUAACUGAAUCUCUUAAAGCUGAUGGAGAAUUAGGUCGUAUAAAAGCAAAAGUACGUACAGAAGUAAUAAAAUUAUUAGAUAAUUCAAAUAAAGGAAAUAAAAUGAAACUUCCAAAACCUUCUCAAGAUAUUGUAUUUAUAAAUGAACUCAUACGAGAAUAUUUAGAUUGGAUGGGAUAUAAAUAUAGUUCAACUGUAUUUAUCUCAGAGUGUAAUUUAUCCAAACAACCAAUUGACAGAUCAUUGCUUGUGCAAAGUUUAAGGACAAUGGAAAGUGAAAGUAGCACAAAUGUACCUUUAUUGUGUAGUAUUGUGGAAACAUUUAGAAACUUAAAAACGACAUGAACAUUUACAAGUGCAAAUUAGAAACUUAGAUGUAUUAAAAAUUUUAUAUUAUAAAAUAAAAAAAUAGUACAAUUUUU